AUGGCAAAGUGGGGUGAAGGUGAUCCCCGUUGGAUUGUAGAGGAAAGAGCAGAUGCAAAGAAUGUAAAUAAUUGGCAUUGGACAGAGAAAAAUGCGGGGCCAUGGUCAAAAGAAAAAAUAAAAGCCUUGUUCACAGGAUUUACCCUCGAUUCAAAUAAAUAUUUCGUAGAAAUAACAGAAGUUAGCAAAUGUGAAGGGGAUGCCGUUGCUAACAAUAGAAAAGGAAAAUUAAUUACUUUCUAUGAAUGGGAUGUUGAAUUACAGUGGAAAGGAAGGAAAAAGGAAACGAAUAAUGCGAGUGAAACUAAGGGUACUAUCACCUGUGUGAAUCUGAGUGAGGAAAAUACUGCGGACGAAUUAGAAUUUGAAGUUACCUGUAGUUCAAAUAAUUCAGAGGGUAAUGAAAUCAAGGAGCACAUUAGGAAGGAUGGUGUUAAUUUUUUACGCAAACAAUUUGCAAUUUAUAUUAAUGAACUCAGAACUGAGUAUUCAAAGGAUCUAAUUUUGCCAACAAAACCUGCCCAGCUUGAUUCCGUCAAUCCAAAGGAAAAAACAACAGAUAAAAACUUGUCGGAGGCUUUGCGUAAAUCUGAAAUUCUUAGUUCAAAAAAGGAGUCUGCGAAAAAUGACACCGGGAAAACUGUCCAGAUUUCAAUUCAGGAGGACUUUAUGUGUACUCCAAAUGACCUCUACCGAGUUUUCGUCACAGAGGAGCUGACCAAACACUUCACUCGUGACAAUGCAACAGUCCAGGCCACCCCAGGUGGGAAGUACUCUAUUUUCAAUGGAAAUGUUUCCGGCAACUUCAUUGAAUUGGAGGAAAACAAGAUGAUAUCCAUGAGUUGGCGUAAGAGCAACUGGCCAGAGGGUCACAUGAGUCUACUCAAAUUAGAAUUUGACCGCAACGAGACAGGGACACGUCUCAAGGUCACACAGAGCAACGUUCCUACUAAUGACAAGGAGGGAACCAAGACCGGUUGGAACACACAUUACUUCUUGCCCAUCCAGCAAACCUUUGGAUUUGGUGGGAAAAUAUUCUAA